AAAAGGCCCCCUUUAUCCGGAUUGAAGCUCUAAUCUGCUCGGUGUCGCAUGACUGCUCCAGGAAACCCGUUUGAGCACCUUCAUAUAAGGCUGGAGUAUAAACGUAGGAUGGCUGCCAUUAAAGCCGUUUUUACAAAAGCCCACUUCCUUUUACUGUCAUCUGAGGGAAAGAGUGAGAGACAGGGAGAGAGAGACGGAGAUGAAGGGAGAGAGAUUAUUCAAGCUACAGCCGCUACAGUGACUAAUGUGGAACAUGCAAAUUAGAAGAUAAAUGUCACAUAAUGAAACAUUCACCCAUGAACCAAUAUGGAGAAGUUUGGGGACAUUGAAGCCUGCUCCCUAGUCUGGGGUUAGAUGGAGAUGCCGCAAAGUGGCUCAAGCUGUGAUUACACUGGGCUACAUGUGCGUCGAGGGAGGUCUGCAGGCCAGAUGUUUGGACUGGUUUUUAUUCUUACGUCCCCCUCUUUUCCUGGUUCAUCAUACAUCAGACUUCAGAUUGGAGACCGUAUUUCACCUCUAACGCGUUCGCAAAAAAUAUUUAAGCAGUCCAGCAGGUAGAAGGAUAUGAAUUAUAUGACAGCUAAGAUCUUAUUAAUGCGUCUGUGCGCGCGUGCGUCGUGGGUUAAAAAGACUGGUGAUAUAAUAGGCCUAGUUUUGUAUAAUGGGCCAAAUUAGUAGGCUUAUCUGAAUAUAUCAAGACACUCUCAUAAAAGACACUUUUCAUGUAUGUUAGUAAUUGUUGAUUAGUUGCAAUAACGUAAAAUAAGGGUGCACUUGUAAAGGGAUUAUAGUAAACAGUAAACGAGAUGUACAGAAAUGUCCUUAGUCACAGCACAUUUCCAGAGCGCAUUUGGAGAAAGGAGGAGGAGAUGCGGUUAGGGAGUAGGCUAAUCCAACCACCGGGUAAAAAGGGCAGUUUUAGAUCGCUCAUAUUCCGCUGUAACUGUAUUGCACCGUGACAGCAGCUUUGAGCAGCAGCGGAGCACCAAGCCGGGCGCACCCACAGCAUCUGUACCAACACAUCACUUCUCCUUUCUGCAAGACUGGAUGUGGAAGCAAGCGCACGGCCAGUGGGAAAAUACUCUCAGCCGCACAAAUUUACACAGAAUCGAUUCUGUGAUGACCGUGAGAUUCCACAAGAAAUAUGCGCAACUCUGUGGAUUGCCCUUUUUUUUCUCUUCCUUUCUCUUUUCUGCCCAGUUGUGUUUCCUUAUUCAUUGUGCGCCCUAUGAAGAGCAUUAACUAUCCCUCCCUCCAAUCCUAUUGAAAAGGCUCCGAAAAAAACAGAGGGAGAUGAGAGCAGCAAAUCCCUUUUUUAUUCCCCUCGUAGCGCUCAAUAAGAGAAGAAUGUGUUGCCUAUCAGUCACCGAGGGGAUCAAGUCUUCGGGACUGACCCACGCGUUCAAUGCGCCUUGCAGAGCAUCACUGAGAGAGACAGAGUGAAGAGCACUGCAGCAGCAGCAGCAGCAGCAGCAGCAUCCUGCCUGGACACUUCACAUCAUUUAGCAACCUGUCUCCACUCGAGAUCCAUUUAAGUCAAUUAGGGCUGCCUGCUUCUCUCACCUAUCGAGUCCUCUCACCGGACUUCAGCGUUACACGAUGAGGAGUCUGGCGCUGCUCUUGGGGGUGAAAGCCGCUUGCAUCCUGCUGGUGUCUUCGCUCUCAGGCACAGGAGCCGUCAACAACAGCGGCCGGUGGUGGGGUAUUGUCAAUGUGGCCUCCUCGUCCAACCUCCUUACCAAUUCCAAGAACGUGCAGUUGGUCCUGGAUCCAAGCCUGGCCCUACUGAGUCGUCGCCAGCGCCGGCUGAUUCGGCAGAAUCCUGGCAUCUUGCAUGCCAUCGCCGCUGGGCUGCACACUGCCAUAAAGGAGUGCAAGUGGCAGUUCCGCAACCGCCGCUGGAACUGCCCGACCACCCACAGCCCAGCAGUUUUUGGCAAAAUUGUCAAUCGUGGUUGCCGUGAGACAGCAUUUGUAUUUGCCAUUACCAGCGCAGGGGUGACCCAUGCUGUGGCUCGCUCCUGCUCAGAAGGGGCCAUUGAGUCGUGCACAUGCGAUUACCGGCGCAGAGGUCCUGGAGGGCCAGACUGGCACUGGGGGGGCUGCAGUGACAAUGUGGACUUUGGCCGGAUGUUCAGCCGUGAAUUUGUGGACUCCAGUGAGAGGGGCAGAGAUCUGCGAUACCUCACCAACAUACACAAUAAUGAGGCUGGCAGAAUGACUGUGUCAUCAGAGAUGCGUCAGGAGUGUAAGUGCCAUGGCAUGUCAGGCUCCUGUACCGUGCGUACCUGUUGGAUGCGCCUGCCCAGCUUCCGCACAGUGGGAGACUUCCUUAAGGACCGAUUUGAUGGUGCAUCCAGAGUUGUUUAUGCCAACAAGGGGAGCAACCGUGCAUCUCACCGAGCCGACCCUCGACAUUUGGAGCCUGAAAACCCAGCUCACAAACCCCCCUCUGCCAUGGACCUGGUCUAUUUUGAGAAGUCACCAAACUUCUGCUCAUACAAUGGCAAAACUGGCACUUUGGGAACUUCUGGGAGAACAUGCAACAGCUCUUCUCCAGGCCUGGAUGGAUGUGAGCUGCUAUGCUGUGGACGUGGGUUUAAGACCCGGACUGAGAGUGUGACUGAGCGGUGCCACUGCACCUUCCACUGGUGCUGUCAUGUCAGUUGCUUGAACUGCACCAGUACACGAACGUUACACCAGUGUCUAUGAUCACAGGUGGACCACGAGUGAAUAUUUAGGCUCUUAAGAAAGGCAAAGAACUUCCUUAUCAAAACAGGUAGUUGGCUGUGAAAGCCACUAGCACACAGAUGAUUUGAGAAGUAGAAGCUAGAAAGGCUUCAAGGCGGGUAAACUGAUACAGGGAACUCUCUGGAACAAAAAAAAAAGAGUUUUUGAAGGAGAGAGACGGAGUAAAGCACAAACAUAUGAACAGGGUAUACAGGGAGUAUAUGUGCUUGCUCCUUGCCUUUGUUGCUUUGCAGUAUUAAUUACAAGGGUAUUUAAACACUACAACCUUCCAUGUACAAUGGAAAUCAUCCACAUUCCUCAAGUGUUUAUGCUGUGGAUAAAUAGAAUUAGAAGUAAAGGGACAAAAUGAUGUGGUGGAGGAUCUUUUGUUGUAACCAGGUACUAAAGCAGAAACUGGACACAGUGCUUCACAGGUAUUUCUGCGGUCAGAGAGCCACAAACAUGUGCUCUCAUAAACUGGUGAAGACCUCUACUACAAGAGGAAAGUUAUUUAAAAAAACAUCAGUGUUUUGUUUUCUUUUGCUCAAGUUGGGCUUCACUCACAUGGAACUGUGUGAAAUUUAUCUCCAGGGAUGGGCUGUCUAUUCUCAACUUGUGUACUUAGACCCUGGUUGCAGCCCACCACUUAUAAUUUCCUCACCACAUUUGCCCCUUUAUUUAGAUUUCUCUAGAGCUGAAUACACCUCCACCCUGAUUUGCCACUCUGACUUACCACGGGAUGGUCCUACAUUACCGGUAUCAGUGCUCGCCAAGGAAAAUACGAACUGACUGAACAAAUCUUACUGAGGCAAUGUAAUUUGAAUGUAUUAUCUAUACACUGAAUAUCAUGGCAUGACUAGAUGAAGUAUGGCUAAUCUGAGAAGUUGGUAUUAAAAAAAAAAAUGAAAUGUGACUGUAAAAUCACACCAUGGUCUCAAAAUGAAAACUAUUGCCAUACUGAGAUGUUGAAGUACAUACACUAAACUAAAAAUGCAUGAGUGUAGCAAGUUUAAAGUCAAAGACAAAUGGUGUAUUCCUUCAGGCUAGGCUGCGAAGAGCAGCUACGUCUCAGAUAAACAUUUUAUGUUUAAGAACAGAGCCUCUGCUGAAGAAAUCAUAUUAUGUAUCAGCUAAGAGAACCAAAAUGAUGUAAAUAUUAAAAUAUAUGAAUAUAUUUAUAAUGACGUCAUUUGUAAGUUUGCUGACUGAUUCAUGCACCUGUUGGUGGCUGGAGAAUAUACUAUCACUAGUGUCAAGUCAGGAGACGUUGAUCUUAUACCUUUGUCUAUUUUGGUGUAGCUGACAUGAACCGACUCUUACUAAAAACAGAACAUGAUCACUUCUUUGCUUGUUUCCUGUAAAAAAAAAAAAAAUACUUGUGUUCAUGCACUGAAUAUUUGCCUUUUUUAUUAGUGUAAAUACAAAAUAUUUAUUUCUGAGGAUUUUUAUACUGCUAUAGAGAGAGAUGUCAGAGAUUUUUUUUUUAGAUUUUGAUCAAAAGAUUUAGGUUCCAGGUGAUUUUGUAUUGUAUGAUAGAACAAUAAAGUCUAUAUUUUCAAUUAAGUUGCACUCCUGAAUGUGUCAAAAACUGUUAAUAUGCCUGUUGUAGUUUCUGUGUUUGAGAUAGUUUUGACAACCAACCAAGUGAACAUAUAAGCCUGUCCCUGGGUGUCCUUUGCUUAAUCCUAUUAUCACCACCAAAGCAGCCUCUUUCUCCAGCUCACUAAACAUCCCCUGCAUCUGUGCUCCCAACCACAGAUACAACCCCUGCUUAUCCAUCCACAUACCUUAUUAUGUACAGUAAAGUUUUUUUCUGUUUUUGAAUGCUUUGCUUCAUUUGCUUAAUG